UGCUCGUUUGUUGUGUUUUUGUGCGUGAAUUACCACUGCCUUUUCAACGUUUCAUGCUAGCCGCACUUAAGUUAUAUUUUGAUGUUCAAUAUUCGCUUUAUUAACGAAUGAAUUUAUUAGAAAAAUAGCAGUAAUUUUGUACUUGCAUAGUUAAAAAAUUAUUGUGAAGAAUUUUUGUUCCUCUAUUGUUUUGUGGCUGCUAUAUAUAAGCAUCUGGUGUUGUGCCCGCCUCUACUGGGCAACGCUUUGCUGUUGUAUGGCAAAGUGCCAGCGCCGCCGCAUUAAACGUAGAAGGAGUGCUAAAAAAGUGGAAAUGUGGCUUGUGAUCUCAAUCGUGAUAGGAGGAGAAGUACUAAGCAAGCGCAACAAGUGAUUCGUCGUGUAGAAGUGCAAAAAAAAGGAAAAUUUGAACUAUUGAACCAAUAAAUUGACAAAGUGUUUUUGUGCCUUCAUACUAAUUACAAAAUUCAAGCGCAAAUUCAGCAAACAUCUAUACAUAUCUAUACGAACGACAUAUCACGCGAAUACAUGUUGGGGCAAAACAAAAAAUUUAAAUAAAUAUCAGCACUAGUUAAUUGAAUAAAAUAAUAAUUGUGUUCGCAUUUAUUAUUAUUAUUGCUUUUAUUAACAUAUUUGACUGCGGUUGUCAGUCAGGCAGUCAGUGUGAUCAUUGGUGUUUGUUGUGCGUGAUGUUGGCAUGAUUGUCAUAUGCAAACAAUUGAAAUUCGCGCAUUUAAAAGGCUGCACUAACAACAACUAUCGUAACAAUAUAAAGUGAACUAGUAACGAGUACAUCGAAAUCUAGUGGAGGCAGCACAGUCGAACAGAAAAAAUCUGUGGAGCUGAGUCGUAGCUGUAGUCGCAACACCCGCACCUCCGCACUCGCAAUUUGUGCGUUAGUUGUCAACACACGACGCACACGGUGUACGCCUUGGACAUUGAGGUAAUCGCACUCGCCACUAACUGAUAGAAAGACACAGACGGAGACGCAGACAGCCUGAAGAAAGGUGUGUUUGUCUGCGUGUUCACGCUGUCGUGAGCGUUCGUUGAACGCUUCAAGCCAAUAAACUCGCGUGCAAGACAACAAACAACAACAACUGUAACACAAACAUAAAAAUAUCAAAUUAACAAUAACCAACCAAAACCAAAGACAAAAAAAAAAAAUUUGAAAGCAAAACAAUCAGCUCAAAUAUGGUGCAACAACAACGUCUGGCCAUCUCUAUACCAAAUAUUAGUAAUCGCAUGCCGUCCGUCUCCUCAGUCGGUGUCAGCACGCCCGGUUCUGCAUCUUCGACCACCUCCUCCACCUACAAUUCCAGCCUAUCGACGUCAAUGGACUCGGCCGCAACGGAAGUUAACAGUGCCGAUAUUGGCUUGUUUGUCGAAACGCCACUUCAGGAAUUAAGCGCAAAUACACGCCUACAAUUAUCGCAGUUACUAAAUUGUCGUAAGAUUUUGCGCUCGGAAGAUGGUUACGAGCGCGAUUGGCGUGGUGUCGCCGAGCUGGCCGAGGUGCGCAGUUUCUGCAGCAGCAACAAUGAUGAUCCAAUGCGCACCGUGUUGCGAGAAUGGUGCUCACAUCGACCGCUGACAGCAACUUUUGCACGGCUGCAACAAUGCCUUGGCAUCAUCGAUCGGUGGGAUGUCAGCGAUGACAUUUAUGAGAAUAUGGUUGAGGAUGCAAAAAAGUAUGCCAUAAAACUACGUCAGAAAUCGUUGAUUGCCAACGAUACAACUGACGCCUCAUCGUCGGCCUCUACAUUGUGGUCCAACACAGCGUCACCCUUUAUACCGAGUAGCAAUGGCGUUAAUUGCAACGACAUCAAUAGUAAUGAACGCGAUUCUAGUAUGACCAUAUUGACCAGGGACGAUGUGAUACUCGCCCAGAAGGGACUGCCGCCACAACAGUAUGACGCAUUCGUGUUGUUCGCCGAUGCGGAUAUAGAGCAAGCCGCCGAAAUACAAACCAAAUUCGAAGAGAAUGAAAAGUAUAAUUUCAAGUUGUGCUUUAAAAAUCGUGAUCUACUCGGUGGUGUGCCGUUCACGCAUGUUGCAUUGACGCAACUGAUCGAGGAGCGCUGCCGCUAUUUACUUGUGAUCUUAACAAAAGAAUUUCUCGAUAGUCCAGAGAACCAAUUCUUGAUGAACUACACACAUGCGCUGCAAAUACAGAAUAAUACGCGCAAAAUCAUACCGCUCAUCUAUGAGGAUUCAGUUAUUAUACCACGUGCCUUAAAAAUAUACACACACCUCAAAUACAAUCCGGUACCUACGACGCUAUUCGACUUUUGGGCGCGUCUUGGCGAUUCAAUACGACGCUCAUAUAAUGCAGUAGACCCAUCGCCAUUUGGCCUAAAUGAAGUUGACAACGUGCCCGCCAGUCGACAACUAUCUAAUGACACGAGCUACUCAAGCUUACCGAGCCCGCGCACAACUGUAACCACACCCACCUCACCCACUUCACCAAUACCGAGCAUUAAUAUCAAUGGGCAUGCUUAUACACCCGAAGAGGAGAAGGAGGAUGUAUUUCAACAGAAGGAGCAACGUAAUCAUUUUACCAAGCGUUCAUCAUUGCGCCAUCACAACAGUUUAUACAGUCACAAUCACAACAACAAUCGCAUUAGUCAACUAACCAACGGUUGUGGGCUGCGAAAUGCGCACUCCACCAGUCAGUUAAAUGCUAACAUUACCGUUAAUAAUACUAUCAGCAUGAACGAUCUCAGCAUAAAUGGUGAGGCAAAGAAGAAGAAGAAGAAACCUAUCAAAGCUGUGCUCAAGCGGGUUUUUAGCCGCAGUAGUCCGAAACUGCAAGAAACGGCAGAAUAGUAUUUCGUUUUUUUUUUUGUUUUUGUAAUUUGUAAUUGUACACUAUUUUUAAAAUCAUAUUUAUAAAUACUAUUUAAUAUUUUUGUUGCAAAACCAAUGAAUAUCAUAACUAUGUAUAUUGCAAGUGGAUAAGAAAGUUGUAAAAGUUAGGUCUAUUAUGCUGUAUUGUAUAUUAUUUAUUAAUUGAAUUAUGCGAAUGUUGUUGUUGUAUGCAAAAUCAAAAAAACUUAAACCUCACAAACGUA